AGCAAAUCGUGGAAGUAAAUCAGGCAGUAUAAAGUCCGUGUGGUAUUAUAUUCACUCCAUAAAAUAAGUUUACCAAUACGGGGACUCUACUCGGAUUGCUGGCAGCCCUGUUGCACGAGUGACUCACAGGCACAGAGUAAAUUGCGGAAUAUCGGCAACCCUGGCGAUCUUUAAUACACUAAUAAUUAUAUAUCAAAGCCAAUUUAUCAAAUGUUAACCCCAAAACACAUCGAGAACUUAACGUUCUGAACUAGAUUUUUUUUUUCCUGAAAUGGGUUUAUUUCGUGUUUAGAUAACCUCUCGUUCACAGGAACUGAAGAAAUAUACACUAGAGCUGCGUUAUAGCUGGGUACUGGACUCAGUGCAGCGCGGUUUACUCUUGCCGUUAGCAGAUUCCUCACAGGCAUUGCAUUCUGCGCUUUGCAGCGAUCAACAACCCUUUCAUUUUUAUUUCCAGCUGCAACUCUUUCGCCCCGACGAGCGUCUGCUGUCACAACCAAGGAAGCGACUGUUAACCCCAUCCCCUCGCUCCCAGGGCUCCGACUCGGAUGCGAUCUGCGGUCGGCAGCUGGCGCUGGCUCUUGGAAACGCCACAGUUAAACGGAGGCCUUGUGGCAUGGACUGGGAAAAAGAUAAGGAGUGAGGAAGCCCCAACCCAAAAAGGAAAGAAAAAAACAUUCAGCAGGAAGCACCAGCAGAGCGAAACUGUGAAAAUAGACAGCCGCGGACGCUUCUAAAAUACCAAACUUAAAAAAAGUAAACCACUUUUGCAGAUAAAAGUAAAAGAAAAAAUGUGUGCUUUGAACGAAACGCGCCGGUAGUUCGCUGACUUGCUGGUUCCUAUAAUGAAGUUAUUAUGCACUCCGUCGUGCUGUUUGAUUGCUCUGCCAUCAGAAGGGUGUUGGCCUAGAUAGCCGUCUGCAUGCAAUCCAACUCACCUUACUAUCCUGUUGGUUAGCUUGGCAUACAGUGAAUGCAUUUGAAAAGACAAGGUGGCUUUUGGGAUUGGAUUUUGCACGGUGCGCAGUCAGCUGGGGGUGCUGGUAUGGUGAUGAUGCUUUUCGGAAGGGAAAGUAAAAGCUAGUGGAUGAUACAGAGUAGCGGUUGUGGAGGGCUGGCUGUAUCCGGUAACCGGCAGUGUUUGACAGUGCAGAAGUUCAGAGUAAAAAGUGAUACGAGAGAGCGAUCCGGUUCAACACACUAUACUUAAUCUACAUCUUAGUACAGCUAUAUAGUGAAGCUACUAGGUGCCUGUAUUGGUUAAAUUACAUGGAUUGAAAAGAGGUCGAUUUUCUUCCCUUUUUUUUCGUUUUUAAAAAACUCUGCUCGGUGCUUCUAAUAGGUGAGAACAAGAAAUACAUCGACAGACGCGUUGGCCAUGAGUAUCGAAAUACCAGCCGGCUUGACCGAGCUGCUGCAGGGCUACACUCUGGAGGUCCUCCGCCGGAGACCGUCCGAUUUGGUGGAGUUUGCCGUACAGUACUUCACCCGUCUGCGGGAAAGCCGGAGCCAGGAUGGAGCCGGGUCUGGGGGCAAGGGGAUCAUCUUCGACGGAGAGCUCGUGCAGCCUGAGCCAAAUGGAGAUGAGGAUGAUGAUGACGAUGAGGACUCGGACUUUGAACCGCCGCCUCCUAGUCGAUUCAGCCGCAGGGUAUCAGUGUGUGCCGAAGCCUUUAACCCUGAUGAAGAAGAGGAGGACGCAGAGACCCGUGUCGUCCACCCCAAAACGGAUGAGCAGCGCUCUCGACUGCAGGAGGCCUGCAGGGACAUCCUUCUAUUCAAAACCCUCGACACGGAACAGUUUGCAGAAGUGCUGGAUGCCAUGUUUGAAGUCCGGGUCCAGACCAAGGAGCACAUAAUCAACCAGGGUGAUGAUGGAGACAACUUCUAUGUCAUAGAGAGGGGGGUGUACGAUAUCGUCGUACGAAAGGAUGGCGUCGGCUGUUGUGUGGGAAAGUACGACAACAAGGGCAGUUUUGGGGAGCUGGCCCUAAUGUACAAUACUCCGCGCGCCGCCACCAUCAUCGCCACCACUGAGGGAGCCCUAUGGGGGCUGGACCGGGCCACGUUCCGCAGAUUGAUAGUGAAGAACAAUGCGAAAAAGAGGAGGAUGUACGAGACCUUCAUCGAGUCCGUCUCCCUGCUCACAUCUUUGGACGCGUCGGAGCGGAUGAAGCUUGUCGAUGUUUUAGGGGGAAAGGCGUUCCAGGACGGGGAGCGGAUAAUCACGCAGGGUGAGAAAGCCGACUGUUUCUACAUCGUGGAGUCGGGGGAGGUGAAGAUCAUGAUGAAGAGUAAAACUAAGGCAGACCAGCAGGACAACGCAGAGGUGGAGAUCGCACGCUGUCACAGGGGGCAGUAUUUCGGCGAGCUGGCCCUGGUCGCCAACAAGCCCCGGGCUGCCUCUGUCUACGCUGUGGGGGGGGUCAAGUGUUUGAUCGUAGAUGUGCAGGCAUUUGAGCGUCUUCUGGGCUCCUGCAAGGAGAUCAUGCAGAGGAACAUUGCCACCUACGAGGAGCAGCUGGUGGCGCUGUUUGGCUCCAGCGCGGACCUGCGGGACUGAACAUCUGUGAUUUGUCGACACGCCGCGUUUGCUCAUGCACUUGCACGCGGAUAUGCAGGCCUUCUUCGUACAUACAUGCUCCUGCGUACAUACACGCGUUCAGUCCCAUGUAUGUAGUGAGACAUGGAGAUACACACAUUCACACAAACUCCCUGAUGUAUGCUAUCACUAUCACUCAGAAGCAUUAAAAGCGUGGAUGAAUCUGUAGCUUAGUACGUUCUGUGGGAAUAUCGGAGUAUAUAGAUCCUGUGAACUGACAUUGUAGCCCUUCGAGUCUGCCAAAGGGUGUGUGUGUGUGCGCGUGUGUGUGUUCAGCCAGUACGCUGCAGUAUUGAUGUGUGUGUUGUGUGGGUGUGACAGAUUCAACACUGGGAGAGACACAGAACUUUCCUAUCAGGGAUUUCCUCUGAAAUGUCCACGCUCUGUAUUUUGUACCUGUCUUGAAAGAAGUGCCAUUGCAAGGUCACCAUUCAGACCAUGAUGCUGAUAACAGGACCCCUGCGGCAUCGUGCCACCCUUGACCAAUGUUGUGUUUUUGACUAUUUUUGGACCUACUCUUGCCUAUUUUGUAGACAAUGUUAAAUUGUUAGAUUUUUUUUUAAUCCGACAAAACUUGCAUGAAUUUCUCUGACACCAAUAUAACUGCAACUCUCCACAAGGACACAUGCAAAUGUUAUUUUUAAACUUUAAUGAAGCUGAAUGUUUUACAUCUGUUUUAUCUUGAAGAACAAGCUUUGAUAUGGUCUUAUUCACAAGAAGAUAAAGUGUUUGCUUUCGGCAGAUGAGUUCUUCUUGUUUGUCCUGCAGCACUUGGGUUUCUUGUGUCCUGUAACCAGAGGUGGAAAGUUCCGGUUCAGAAAGUAAAAAUCCAGACUGAGAUUUUGUUUCAACCAACCAAUUGAGCAUAAAGACUCACAUUCACAGAGUAAAGAGCUGGUUGAUCAAAACAAAAUCUUGGGCUGGAUUUGUACUUUCUGGAGCUGAACUUUCCCCCUCUGCCUGUAACUGAUAUUUGCGAACUUCGCACCUGUUGGUUGAUGUAUUUGUUGAUACUAUUCUAUGUUUAUUUUGAAUGACUUAGAAAAACAUUUCAAAACAAAGUGUGGAGCUUAUUUCUCCUUGGUCUUAGUGCAAGUCUGCUCUUUGGAAGAAAAUAAAGCCAGCAUUUUGUUAAGAUCCA